CAGCUCGAGCGCCGCUGUGUUUAGAGGGAAAACACCGCAGGCCUGGACAAACUCCAGAAAAUAAAGAAAAAAAGAAAGACGGGGGAAAUGAAAAGAAAAAUGAGAAAUGUAUUGCAGUAAAUGUUUUGGGUGCUGAUGGAUGCAGGAAUGGCAGAGCGAGCGUGUUUUUCGAGCCUGGUUAGUGAUCUGAUCCGGCACACAAAGUGGACUUUUGCUGGGCUUUAAAGUUUUGUGGAUGUUGAAUAUGCAAAAGGACUUCCAACCAUCUCAAGAGAAGUUAUAUGACAAAGUUGGAUCUCUGGUAUUCUGAAUCCCAUCGACUCUUAUAUAUGUAUAUUUAUACAUAAUCGUAAAACCCAUCAUAAUCAUGCUGUGCAAAAAAUGGCUUCUCCUAGAUGUCCAAGCACAAACGUCCUAAAAACUGCUCGUACGUAUGAAACGAUGUUCCAUGGAAAGGAGCAGCUAAACAGCCACCUACAGACUCAUGACUCCAACAAGCAAGACCUGCAGUGUGAAGAGUGUGGCAAACACUACAACACUCGGCUGGGUCUGAGACGCCACGUGGCUACCCACGCCACGUCUGUGACCGGAGAUCUUACCUGCAAGGUGUGCCGUCAGGUUUUUGGAAGCAUGCCGACUCUCCUCGAGCACCUGAGCACUCAUACCGGCCGACCUCCACCAGGCGUAGCCGUGCGGGAGCGAAAGCACCAGUGUGAGCGCUGCGGCCGGCGCUUCUUCACUCGAAAGGAUGUGAGGCGUCACGCUGUGGUGCACACAGGCAGAAGGGAUUUCCUGUGCCCUCGCUGUGCUCAGCGCUUCGGCCGACGUGACCACCUUACACGCCACUUGAAGAAGAGUCAUGCCCAGGAGCUGGACGUCCUCACGUCUGCACCCUCCAGUGUGGUAAAGGAAGAACCAAGUCUGACCAUGUGCACCUCGGGAUCCCCUAAGGAUGCCUCGGAAGCCUUUUCGAUGGGUAUAUUCAACCCCCAAGGUCUGCAGGGUGCCUCUGCCUCCGGGGUCAGUCACCAUCACCCUGUGGUGCCUGGGUCCCUAUCCAGCCCAAUGGGUGUGGGCUGCUAUUUUGAGCCAAGCAAGCACCAGCCCCACCAGUACCACGAGGCUCAGCGAUACCAGCCUGCCUCCGCUACCUCAUAUCUGAAAGCUGAGAUGGAGAACUUCCUGAAUGAGCUCCAGUGUGGCCCGAUGCCACCUCAGGCUACAGUUGCAACCUCUGCAUCCAGACCGAGCGACCUUCUUCCUGAUAGUCUGGGAGGUCCGAGUGCCCACUUCACCCUCAGGAACUCCUUCACCACUGCCGAGCCUUCGCCUACCGCUGCUAACGUGGACCUCUCACCACUGCUGGGCUUCCUGCCAUUUGGCCUCCCACCGUACAGUUCAGGGGGCCUUGUGAUGGGAUACUCUACCACUACCACAGAUUGCUCGCCGACUCCUACCUCUCAGCUCUCUGGGCCACUCGCCUCGUUUCAGCCACAGCCGCUGCACGAGCCUCAGGCCUUGGGGCAUUUAAAUCAGCCUCCUGGUUUCUCUCCUACUCUACCUCGAUUCCAUCAGGCCUUCCAACAGUGAUGUUUCUUUUAAAACCUGAGUGACAAGUAUUCUUGCCAAAUGGCAUACACAUAAAUCGAAGCGCUCAGUGGACUUGUUCGAUUGAAGGCUCUUACUUUACAGUUACUGCUCACUAAAUUCUGUAGAAUAAUAAUAAUUUCUGAGAAUUUUGGAUUGACUAGAGGUUGUUUUAGAAUAGUUUUGACUUCGUUUUUGUUUUUGUUUUUUCUUAGUAGGUCAACAGUUUAUUUGGUUGUAGUGAUUUUACGGUGUUAUUUAGAUCGAUUUAGUAUUGAGAAGUCCGCAUUGAACUAAACUGAGGAAAUACGAUGCUGUGCGAAAACUCAGAGACCACCGUUUAUUCAACUUCCGGUCAAGAUGGCAGUUCAAUGAAAGUUCUUAAUUUCUCCACAUCAGUAAUGCAGGAAACGUGUAUUUAACUGGAAACUAAACAAAAGCCGUACAAAAGUACGUGAAUUUAUGUGCGCGUGGAUGGAUUCCUGCUUAACACACAGUGUUCCUCGGAUACUCUCCACUGCAAUUCACGCCAGAAGCCAACACAACUACGCUCUUUACAGUUUUAAAGCUAGAAUUUGUACGCCUUCUUUAGUUGGCCCACUGGGGGGGGUGGGAUCUAAAAAAUUAAGAACCCAUACCUUUUGCAAAGAACUCUUGAAACAGGUUUACUUUGUUAACUCUUUACUUUGCGGAGUUUUCCAUAUUUCCAACAAGAUGCAGCUGCGAUCUCUCAACAAAAGGCGUUCCUAAAAGUCUCACUGACAUUACGUUAAGACUUACCGUUUAAAAGUGACACUCGCGUUCGAACAAGGCCGUGUGCGUCGAAAAUAGCUAUAGGAGAUCUUUUUGAGACGGAUACUUACCUUGCAUAUGGAAGUGGAAAGUCAAAGGAAGUUAUGUUGUAAAGCACCGGAAUUUCCACAUCCUGAUGUGUGGAGAAACGGAACCUUAACGAUGAUGGCUAACCCUAACUCUAGAUCACUGCAUAAAUAGUUGUGCCCAAAAGUUUGCAUACCCCUUGCAGAAUCUGUAAUUUAUCAAAAUUACCCCGUUCAAAAGUUUACAUACCGUUGAUUCGUAAUACUGUUUGUCGUUACCUGGAUGAUCCACGACUGUUUUUUUGUUUUGUGAUAGUUGAUAGUUGUUUUGUGAGCUGUUAAACUUUUGAACAGGAUGAUCGGUGUGGUAAAUUGUUAGUAUUUUGUCUUCUGGGAGACAUGUAACUAUUUUAUUUAGUGUCUGAAGGGUAGUACAAAACGAGAAAAAAAAAAAGAUCUUUAAACAAAAUUAUAACAAUUUACACCGAUCAUCCUGUCCAAAAGUUUACAUCCCCCUGGCUCCUAAUGUAUCGUGUUGCCUUCUUGAGCAUCAGUGAAUGUUCGCACCUUUUGUGAUAGUCGUGUACGAGUCCCUCAGUCGUCCUCAGUGUGAAAAGAUGGAUCUCGACGUCAUAUAGACGCUGUUGGAAAGGGAUCACAUAUGCAGAAUAUGCAGGAAAAGUAAAGAAUGUGCAGGUCCUGGAGGAUUUUUCUGAAGAACAGUGGGCAGUUUAACCGCUCAGGACAAGCAAGGGACUUGUGAAGAACUCUCACAAAACAAAAGAACAUUCGUGGAUCAUCCAGGUAAUGACACACAGUAUUAAGAAUCAAGGGUAUGUAAACUUUUGAACGGGGUAAUUUUGAUCAAUUCAGCUAUUAUCUUGUCUUAUGGACUAUAUGUAAACAUCUGUUAUGUGAAAUAGUUUAUACAGGACAGCACUAAAUCAAAGAAACAACAUGGGAUUUUUAUGAUCCCUCUUAUUUUGUUAACAGUAUUAAGAUUUAGCAGAUUCUGUAAGGGGUGUGCAAACUUUUGGGCACAACUGUAUCACGCUGAGAUGAACGGUAGUUAGAGAUGGCCAAAAAAAUCAAUCAUAAUAAAUCAAGCUCCACUCUUGUUUUAAAUAUGAAUAUCUAACACUGAGAAGACAGCUGGGUCUGAAAGGAUGUCAAAAAGCCUUUUCUGAAAAAAAGUUUUUAAAAAGAAUUUAAAAAUAAAUACAUUUUAAACCACAAGAAAGGAAUUUUUGACAGUAUGUACACUCCCAAGAAAGAAACAGAAAAACUCUUAGGACUAUGACGAGGAUCAAGUGGAGUUUUUUGGAAGUGCAACAACAUCGGAAGGCAUUGGGAUGCUGAAUAAACGCUGAUAAAUACUUGGAGAAUAUAAUGCAAUUUAGACCGUUUUCUGGGAACUAAUUCAUUCUACAGCGAGAUAACGAGCCCAAGCAUGGGGCUAAGAAGAUUGAGAUGAGGUGUCGAAACUAGCUGCUAUCCCAGAGUCCAAUUCUCAAUAUUAACAAACAUCUUUGGGAUUCUUUUUGGGUACUAGAGAUGUUAUCAAAAAACAAACAAACCGUGGUAUCAUCCUUGGGGAUUUCUUUAAGAACCGCACACAGAGAUUGAAAGCUGUAAUAAAGAUAAGGGUAGACAUGCUAAAUACUGAAAUGUCAGAUCUUUAGUUGUGCGGCUUAAGUGUGUACGUUCCCGGAGUCACUUCGACACUGAAAAACAAAUUACGUGCACUUGAUGUCCAUUUUGGCUGGAAAUGAAGUAAACAAAAGGGUUGUCUCUGACUUUUGCACAGUUCUGUACCUUGUAAUAUUCUUUGGAUAAAGAGACUGGAUUAUCACAGUGUUCUCCAUUGUACAAGCACUUUUUCUCAGUCAGAAGCACUUCCAUGACUUAAGAGUCAGUUUGAACUGUGGUCUCAUUCACAUCUCAACUCGCAGCUCACUCAGUACAUAAUCUACCUCUUUUAGUGGACUUCUCCGCAGGGGAGCCUUCUUCCUAUCAUGAUAUUGGCUAGAGACGCAAAGUGAAUCCUUGUACGAAAUGAUGUAGUGGAUGUAGAGAACUUUUUUUUUUUUUUUUUUUUAAGUGGGGAUUUUAGAGUGCAUUUCAGUAGUAAUGAAACUGAGACAACUAUAGAUUCAGGAGUUAUCAAAAAAAAAAGUAGCUUUUAUUCUUGGUGUUUUAGCAUUUAAGGUGAAAUUUAAACAUGUGCUGUUGCGUUCUGCAGAUUGAUGACGUACGGAACGACUGUAAAGAGUGAACGCCAAUUUCGUUCGUCUCGUUCCCUGUAACUCUUCAUUUCUCUCUGUUCAUUCCAGAAAGUUCAUUGUAAAAGCAAAUGAUUUCAAAUAUAAAGUAGCUAACAAUGAUGCUGAAAAUCGGAUCGCUACUGAAGGAACAUAUGAUUUCUGGUUCCUUACAGCAGGAAGUUACUUCACUUCUUUUUUUCUUUUUCUUUUUUAGCUCAUCUGGAUUUUUUAAAGACCCCCAAGAGAAAAAGAAAUACUGUUUUUGAUCCUUUUAUCCAAUCUAAAACAAAGUAUUUUGUCUUAUGUGAUUUCUGUUGCGUUCCUCUUACGGAUGUUACAUAAAUUAAUGACACCAUUUUCUGCAAAUGGCACGACUCCGGAGCAGAAGUUCAUUGGCGAGAUGAACUCAGUUUCUGCAACAGAAGGAAAACAGGCCUGAGUCUAAACGGACUGGAAACCAAUGUUACUGUGAUGUGUUUGGACUCAGACGUAAACUACCUCAGACGUAUCUGCAACUGUGUUUAUGUGGGUAUCUCACUGGAGUAAGAUGGUUUACAUCUUUAAUAUGUCCAAUCGUGGCACUUGUUGUCUUUCAAUUGGCCUUUUGUCAAGUCUUUUUCACGUUUUCAGGAAAAAAAGGCUGAAUUCAUUUAAUGUACUUAGUAACAAAUUCAUGGAUGACAGAGAAAAUAAAAUAAAGUAU